AUGUUACUCUGUGUGCUGGCCUUUCUUCACAUUGUGUUCAUCACAACAAGUGCCUCUGCUGAGCCGCCCCCUGUUGGGAUAGACACAAUGUUGUGGUUGGAUCUCGCGAUGGCCCCACACCGCGGAGUGGGCGGCACAGUCUACACAAUGAUGAGAAACGGCAAGUCCACAUCUGUUUGUGUACUCCCACGCCAAGAGUCAUUACAUCCAAUAACAUUUGCGGACUUUGAUAUGCAGUUUGGUCUUCUCUACAAGAUAAGUAAUUAUGAGAAGAGAGAUUCCAACAGUCCGGAGAAUGGAGAACUGGAGCCCAUUGCCGUAUUGGAUGCCUUACAGGGUUGUUAUGUACACAAUAAAGAUAGAUCUACACAACAUCAACCACCCUGCUUUGCGUUUCUUAACGCCACUGCAGAUGAUUGCCUUCGCGGGGAACGGGAAUCGUUAUUCUUCACUCCCGCACCCACAGCAGUGGAGAUGUUGGCAAUCUACAUUACUCGUUAUCUUCCACAACGGGCUAAUAUGCGGGAAAUGAUAGCACAAUCUGCAGGUUUUGAAAUUGAUAUGCGGCAAGCAAAGUUACAUCUGGAUAAAAAUAAGGCUGAACUUUCUUCUUCAGAAUAUGAAGAAGUUGUGUUUAAUAUGAAGAAACAAGUGGAUGCGUUAUUAUGGAAACAUCGUGUGGUGGUGGAUGAUAAGUGGAAACUUUUACAGUCGUGGUUAAACACAACGACUAGUUCAGCGUGUUCUGCAGUGUAUGUACUACCUCAAUGGCUGUUGAAACCACAAAAAGUUACCGUGGAGGAUAUUGUGGACUUGGUUCGCCAUAGUAUAUCUACUCUAUUUGUAUCUGAAAAGAAAGAUAAGAGAGAAGAAGAAGUUUUAUUAAUGGAACGUGCUUUUUGUGCCACUGCCUCAUUUGCUAUUGCCGCUAUUUUUAUGGAGGAUUUAAAUUUCUUGCAAAUGAAGGAUGAUCUGCAGAAUACGGGAACAUUAGGGAUUUUAGAAACUGUGGAUAAUACGACUGUAGAUAGAAACUUGAGAUACUUACAACAAGUGGUGAAAGAGGAAUGGAAUCAACUCCGGAGUAUUGCAAAUCCAUCGUACUGGAAAUGUCUUGGUGGUAUUUUCCUCGAAGAUACUCCAACCAUUCCAUCCGUUGCCAGUUGUUUUACAGAAGAUGUAAUGGAAACAAGAUGGAAUUUUCUCAUGUAUCAUAAUUCUUCUUCUUCUACUUCUACUACUGCUACUACUACUACUAUAGUAGUAAGCACAAGUAAUGCACAGCGUAUGGAGUAUCUCUUUGCAUGGCCAUCCAGUAAACCAAUACGAUUUGAUACCGUGCAGACGCGGAACUCAGCAAUUCAGACGGGCCUUAUUGACAUUCCACUCCGUGAAGAUCAAAUUCCAUCAUUCCCUACAGGAGUUGUGGGGAGUGUAGGGGAUAAACAUUUAUCCAAUGGGACUCAACAGUGCCCAGUGGGAACUUUUGCACUUGUAGAGGAUAAUUUCUACUGUAGGGAUUGUGUUAAUAAGAAAAAUCUUUUUAUUUACUGUCCAGGAGAUGGAGUGGUUCACAGCUGCGCUAACAAGCCAAGUGGUACCGAUUACGUGCCAACAGGGCUGAGACCUUCUUCCCCUGCAAGUUGUCAUUAUCACUGUAUUGAUCCAUAUAUGUUUAUACUAAAUGGAAUGUGUGAUUUUGUUCCGGGAUAUUAUAUGAAUAAUGAAGUAUUGGCUAACUGUAUUGUACCAAAUACACUUAUUGGACCUCUCUUGUUACCAUAUCAUUCUUUUGUUGGAAGUGGGGCACCAAAUAUUCCAGAGAGUUGUUCAUAUGUAUUACGUCGACGUGUUAUUUCAGAAAAAAUCUCUCAACUUCCAUCUCCAUUACAGUGGUGUGGAUCCAAUACAAAUGGAUUUUCAAUACGUUUUUCAACAGUUCUCUCAGUUGAUACAAUACGCCAACAUCAUGAAGAAAACUAUGGUGAAGCCUAUUUACAUCGUAUUACAUCUAUUGCCUAUGAACUGGUUUCUAUUAUACCAAAUGGUUGGUCAUGGUAUCUUAUCUCUUACGUUGAUCCCACCUUAUUAAUAUCGUCCGUAUCAGCUAUUAAAAUGCAAUUGGCCUGGAAUGCUUCCUUUUCCUCAGACCUCUUUUUUAGUGCGAACUGGACACUGUAUGAGAGAUGCUCCACUUGUACAGGGAUGAGUAAAGAAGUUGAGUUAAACUUAACCUUAUCUUGGGAUCCAAUAUUAGAAGAAGUUGCGUUUUUUGUAAAUGACGAUAUACUUGGUACACCAAUUCCUCAUCGUGGAGUGAAGGAAUUUCUUAUGGGGAACUGUGCAGACACUUCUACACAAUACCAGAUAACAAUGGGUGGAUGGAAGGCGGCGUAUAAAUCGCAGGUGGAAUUUCUUGGACGUAUUUCUUCCAAUCAACUUCCACUUUACUUUGAAUAUCUUCCUGGAGAGAUGAAAGAACUUUUAUUACGGAACCGUCCUCUUUCACUCUUGCAGUUGCCUGCGAAUAGAUCUUUAAUGGCGGCUCCUGCCAAUACAAGUUUUGCAGCGGCUAUCUUUACGACCGCGACCUCCAUGAUGGAUCUUGCUCGAUUGACGAAUAAACUUCAACAGGAAUCCCGUAAUAAUUAUUUCUUGCCUGGUCGUACUUGUCGAGUCUAUUCCCAGCGAGAUCGUGAUGAAGGGGGAUGUUUUCCCUGUCCAGUGGGGAGUUAUGCUUUAUUGCCGGAUGAAAUGUCUAAAGAUGAGGAUGCCUUUUGUCAGUGCCUCUCCACUCGGCAUAUGAGAUAUAAUCAGAAGGAGUGUAUUCCGCGUUCCAUCGGGUAUGGGGCUCCAGUGACUAUUCUGAUGAUGAAUACAAAUAAUAUCUUUCUACCACUCACAAACUCGACAUCUCCUAUACCACUGGUUCAUUUUAUUGUGAAUGAAUACACUCGACCAACAGAUGCGGUGAAUGUAUUGCGUCCUAAAGCGGUGGCAUCUGUGGACUGUACUCCAGGAUUUAAUUCCUUCACCAUUCGUAAUUCCCCCGAUGACUCUAUUGUAGAAGUAUUGUUAAAGGAUUCAUUGGGUUUUCAUGGUGAGAUGUGUACUAUCAGCGGCUCUGUACAGAUGUAUCCUUUUCUCGAAAGUCCAAAGUCUAAACAACACUUCACAUUUAACUUUCGUGCCCCACCGCUUGAAUCCAAUAAUCUUAAUGUUAACGUCUCUACCACUCUUGCGAAGGAUCAGUACUCUAUAUGGUUACAAGUGACAGGAUACAGUUUAUUACAGCCUAAUGCCAUGGACACCUUACAACUUGUUGAGUUAAAGGAUGAACAAUUAAAUACUCUUCGUGAAUCUCUAAACCAAACGUUUAUACAUGCCUUUGUUCAAUGUGAUAGUAACUGGAAUGUAUCUCGGGUACUAUCACUUGAUAAUGGUGUUUUAUUACCUGUUCAAGAAGGUCGUAGUUGCACAUUAAAUCUUACAGUCGUAAGUGGUAUCAAGGCGUUUUCCCCGAGUACACCAUUAAUCUUUACGAUAGAUUCUUGUGUGGAUGGAAGAAGUGAGGGACUCAUAUUUUUUAACAGUAAUCUGUCUAUCAUCAUUUUCUCCAUAAUUUUUUUUCUUAUUGCAUUACUAACAGCUCUACUUUACAGUUACUCCGCUUUACGGGAUGGUUAUAAGAAGAAGAAGGAAUUUAUUACCUCCACUUCCAAUGGGUGA